GGCGCACGCGUCACAUCUACGUCUUGCUGCGUCGCCGUGUGACGGUAUGUGGAGAGCAGCAAUGUCGGAGGAGGUUGGGAAGGCGAUCCAGUCGGUGUUGGAGCGGGUGACCCAGGCGGCGACGCGGCGGCCCCGGACCUUGCCGGCUGUCACGCCUCGCCUGGUCGCUGUCAGCAAAACCAAACCCCCAGAGAUGAUCGUGGAGGCCUACAGACACGGGCAGCGCAACUUUGGAGAGAACUAUGUCAAUGAACUGGUGGAGAAAGCGUCUGACCCUCUGAUUUUAGAGUCAUGUCCUGAAAUCAAGUGGCACUUCAUCGGACAUCUACAGAAGAAUAACGUCAACAAGCUUCUAGGAGUUUCUAACCUGUUCCUCGUGGAGACGGUGGACUCCGCCAAACUGGCCGACCGCGUCAACAGCUCGUGGCAGCGCCUCCGAGGAGCCGACACGCAGAGGUUAAAGGUCAUGGUGCAGAUCAACACCAGCGGAGAGCAGAAUAAACACGGCUUGCCGCCGGAGGAGACGGUCAGCACGGUGAAGUACAUCGUGUCGCAGUGCUCCGCCCUGCACUUCUUAGGACUCAUGACCAUCGGUCGCUACGGUUACGACCUCACUCUGGGCCCCAACCCUGACUUUCAGAUGCUGCUGAGUCGGAGGCAGGAGGUGUGCGACAGUCUGAAGCUGCCCCUGGAGGAGGUGGAGCUCAGCAUGGGCAUGUCCACCGACUUCGAACACGCGAUCGAGGUGGGCGCCACCAACGUGCGAGUCGGCAGCAUCAUUUUCGGCAACAGGGAGUAUCCCAACAGCGCGACCAACACCCCCAACCCCAGUCCGAACCCAAGUCCCGCUCACAGCCCCGAGAAGACGUCCAAGGUGGUGUGUGAAGAAGCUGCCAAGAAGAUGCACCAUCUCACCGUCUAAGCGCGCUAAAGCUGAGCCGGUUCUGCGUCCAGCUGCAAAUCCCGGGGAACUUUCCGGGAAACGUAGCUACACAUCGGCUCGACGCAAACUGCUACAAGUUUUGAGGAUUUUCAGCUACUCUCCUUUCUCAGUAACUCUGUUGGGAUUACUUAUGUAAUCCAGAGAGUCCUUUCAAAAUUUUCAACCAAAUUAUUGAAGAACACAUAUUUAAGUUUAAAAAAAAAAAAGAGUUGUGAGCUGAGAAAUUCGCGAAAAUUGUAAACAAAUCUCAGUUUGAAAACUGCUACUGAUGCUUUUGCAACAGCCAAAAAUAAAAAAUGUAUACUGCCAUCUAGUGAUUUAAAGGUGUCACUGCACCUUCAGACAGACCCAGAAACCGCUGCAAGAGCUUCAAAACCUUUAUGACCUUAGGAAAACUUUUGGAAAAAAAUAACGAACGAUUACUAUUAGGUUUGCAUAUUUUAUUGAACUUUAACAAGGAUUAACUUAGCCUUUUUGAGCUUUUUUGGGGCGUAACUGCUCUGACUCCCUUCACGGUAAGGGACGCGGCUGAACUCAGUAACAGAAGUCAGGAGAAAUUACUUUGCUGACGUGUUGUUUUCUAACUCUUCAAUUUAACUUUUGACAGAAUUGUGUGUCCAACAGGUCAUCAACUGCACACAGGACAGUGUUACAUUUCUAUUGUACAGCUGAACCAACGACUUGUCUUAAUAAACCAUCUGUCCCUUUAUAAUGACACUAAGUAUGGUGUGUUUGAUAUGGUUUUUUUCGUAUGAUGUGCCAAACGUGUCAGAUCUUUAUUCUUGAUAUGAACAGAUGCGUGUGUUUCAUGUUGUGUGUCUGUGCUGUGCUGUAGUGUGUUGUUGGAGGUGUGAAAGACCAAACCUAUGCAACAUGCUGGUUUUUAACACGCAGCCUUUUUUUUCUUUUCUGUCUAAGGCCGUGGAACGGACUAAAGGGUCAGACGUGUGCUUGCUGUUUUAGCAGUUUUAAUCAUUGUUUGGUUUGGACUUUGGUUCCGAUUGGAGCCAAAACCAAGCAAUAAAUUUUACUGUUCAAAAUA